AUGAGUUUUACCCAGAACAUUUUCUCGAUGCUGAUGGGAAUUUCAAGAAGAAUGAGGCAUUUUUACCUUUCUCAGCAGGUAAGAGAAGUUGUGCUGGGGAAAGUCUGGCCAAAAUGGAACUGUUCAUUUUCUUUACCACAUUGCUGCAAAAGUUCAUCUUCCAGGCUCCACCUGGGGCUGUGGUGGACCUCAGUUCUGCACUGGGAUCUAUAA